AUGAAUCAAUUAAUUAAAAUAUCGUUCCUAUUAUUUUGUGUAACUCUCGUAACAGCUAUCGAUAUUAAUGCUGAUGUUGAUAAAGUGUAUACGGAUUGUGGUACAAAUAUUGAUUGCGCUGAACAAAAAUUUGUGUCAAUUAUUGAUCGUGUUGAUGAUACCGAAAAUUUAGAAUUAUUGGACGGUGUAAAACUUGUGAAGAAAGAAGAAUUCAACAAAGUUGAAACUGCACGUGGUAAUGAAGGGUUAUUGGAUCGAGCUGCACGCUAUAUUUCUGAACAUGAAAUUAAAAUUGAAGCACCAAAAGUGAUUCAAAGUGCUGCGCGUGCUUUAUCAUCAGAACCACGUCGCCGAAAAAUUCGUAAAAUUCUCUUGCCAAUCUUAUUAUUAUUAAAACUAAAAGCCAUUAUCAUCGUUCCAAUCGUCCUAACUGUGAUUGGCUUAAUUGCCUUAAAAGGAUUGGGUGCUGCUUUAGCUGCUUUGACAUUAUCUGGAUUUACAGCUCUUAAAGGAAUCCUAGAUGGAAAACAAUUAACAGAAAAACGUGUGACUUUUGGUAUCAUCCCACCAUACUUAUCACAUGAACCACAUUGGAGCCGAACUGGUAUACCAUCAUUGGAUUAUGCGGAAUUAGCCGAUCCGUACUACAGACCUCAUGUGCAAUAA